AUGUCACAUCGUGGUGGACCGAAUGUUAGUUUUUAUGACACGUAUCAAGGCCGCUUUCUUAUUGAAUUAGAAUUAAAAUUUAAUAUGUUAGACAACGCUUGUACUUGUUUACUAAUUAAUUUAAAUAUUUUUAAUGAACCACCGAUGAUACCAGAAUUUCUUUCUCCUGCAGUCAAAGCAUACAUAGAAGCAGCCGAAAGUAUUGGUUAUCCACUGGGGGAUUUCAACGGUAAAAGUCAAACAGUGUUCAUGCCACAUCAAGGAACAAUUAAUAAAGGAAAACGAUGGACUUCGCUACGAGCUUUUAUUGAUCCUAUCAUUGGAAGGAGAAACUUUCGUUUGAUUACAUCAGCUUUCGUUACCAAGAUUUUAAUUAAUGAGCAUAAUCGAGCUUACGGCGUUUUGUUCAACCAUAAAGGACAUCAGUUAACAGCAUUGGCAAAGAAAGAAGUGAUUAUAAGUGGAGGAACAUUGAAUUCUCCCAAGCUUUUAAUGCUGUCAGGAAUUGGUCCGAAAGAAGAGCUGCAAAAAUUACAGAAUCUUAAAACCAGUACAUUAUAA